AUGACAAAUAACAAUAACUUAGAUUACUACUCCAUACUAGAAGUGUCCAAGAAAGCAACAUUACAAGAAAUAAAAAAAGCAUAUAAAUUAAAGGCAUUAAAAUACCAUCCAGAUAAAAAUAACCAUAGCGAAGAAAGUAAAACCAAAUUUCAGGAAAUAUGCGUGGCGUAUGAAGUUUUAACUGAUACAGCAAAAAGAAAUAAAUUUGAUAAAUAUGGAACGAUUGAUGAUACGGAGAUAUAUCGUAAACAGCAGCUGCAACGCCAAAAACAACGUCAACAACGUAAUACAUAUAACAACAGCAAUACUAAUCGAGGAUAUGCGGAUACCGGGAUGAGUGCAGCCGAUAUAUUUUCCCAAUUCUUUGGAUCAGAUCCCUUUUUUAGCCAUCAUGGUUAUAAAAAUAGUACUACCGAUAGUAGUUAUACUAAUACUAGUAGCAAUAUUCAUGCUGAAAAUGGCAACGAAUCUGAAGAAGAAGAGGAGCUUAGGGGACCAGAUAUUAAUCACAAUUUGAAAUGUACCUUGGAUGAUUUGUAUUUAGGUAAAUCGUGCAAGUUAGCAAUGAAAAGAUCUAAAGUUUGUGUUAAAUGUCAGGGAACAGGUGGAUCAAGAAGUAUAAGUAGCUGUAACAAGUGUCAAGGUAAAGGUGUAAUAACGGAUGUACGCAAAAUGGGACCAUUAAUACAAUCUUGGAGUAGCACAUGCAAAUAUUGUCACGGUACUGGUGAAUUUACUAAAUUUCUAAAUGUUUGCAACAUAUGUAAUGGACAAGGUUAUGUUAGUGAAAAAACAAUUUUUGAUGUCAAAGUUGAGCGCGGGAUGAAAAACGGUUCUGCCAUUAUAUUACCUGGACAAGCUGAUGAAGUUAUUGAAACAGAAUAUGGCCACGAAAGAGUAAUACCAGGCGAUGUAAUUAUAACUUUAACUUUAUCUGAUGACAGAAUAAGUAGAGGCGCAAUCAAGUUAAUUAAUAACGGCCAAGACCUAUAUAUACCAGAUUUUAAAGUUGAUUUGAAAACCAGUUUGUGUGGUGGUACUAUUUUUAUUCCAAGUUCAAUUCACCCUAAAAAAAUAUUGUUAAAAAUUACCGUGUUGCCAGGGGAAUUGUUGAAACCUGGCUGCGUUAAAAAUAUAGAAAAUUUGGGCAUGCCUAUAGAAGUGGAAAGUAAACAAUAUGGUAAUUUAUAUAUAAAAUUCAGUGUCCAAUAUCCUGAUAAGUUGAAUACUGAUACAAUAGUGAAAUUAAGUGAUAUAUUUGAUAAAGAUGAAAACGUUAUGAAGGUAAUUAAAAGUUGUGAACAACUGAAUAAAAAACGUGACAUCAAUGAAACUUUUUUCAAUAAAAAUUCUACAGCCGGUAGUAGUGCUAGCAGCAGCAGCAGCAGUAGUAGUAGUAGUAGCAACAAUAGUAGUAGUAGGGUUAAUGAUCUCGGUAGUAAUUGUACUAAUAGCGUUGAUAAUGAUGAUGAAGAUUUGCAAGAGAUGGAAGAACAUCUUUUCGGUGGUUUUGUUCCUGAUUUUAAGGGUCUAAAUAAAGAUGAUCAUGAUAGAAAUAAAAAAAGGUAUUACCACGGUACUCCUGGUGGGAAUUACGACAGUGGCAGUAAAAAGAAAAGAUACAAUAAUAACAGCAAUAGUGCCACUGCUACUAAUAAACAUAGCAAUGAAGAAUAA